CACUUUACAUAUAAGACAAUUGUUUUCUCUUUUCUUCGUUCUUUUAUUUAUUUAAUAAUUAUUAUUUAUAAAGUGCGAAGUAUGAAUCAAACGAACAUUUUUACCACGUCAGUGGUGUGAUUAUUAUUAACGUAGAGAAAAAGAUAAAAAAAUAAACAGAGUUCUUCCUCAAAUAAAAGUUUUACAAUUCAAAGAAGACGAGAUGGAAGAAACGUUAGCCGAAAAUGCGAAAGUUUCGGACUCUGGUUAUUCAAAUACGUGCAGCAACAGUCAAUCACAACGAAGUAGUGGCAGUUCGAUUUCCAGGAACAGCAUUUGUUCGGAAAGCAGCGGCUAUUGCGGUAGACGCCCUUCAACUUUUGGCUCAAGUAACGAGGCAGUACCCCAACCAAUCAACAAAAGAAAGGAUAAAGAAUACAAGAAGAAGAAGUCUAAAACAUCAUUGGUUGUUAAUGCUGAGCCAGAGAUUAUUUUGAGAAGUACCGGAAAGUCAUCGGAUAACGCGUCCUAUAAUUUCGUCACCUCAACAAAACCGACACUUGAGAAACAAACAGAAAUAGCAACUGUAGAAUUGGUGGAUGCAACGGAUCCAGGAGAACACAACGGCGAUACUCUGACAUGCAGUCCGGAAACAGGACUUGCUUCUCGGUCAAAUCUUCUGGAUGAUUCAAGUUCACAAGCAAAUGAUGGGUUUUGCGCGGUGAUAUCAAUGCAUGACGGCCUCGUGCUGUACAUAACACCUUCGAUAUGCACAGCUUUAGGGUAUUCAAAGGACGCUUGGAUUGGUCGUUCUUUCAUCAAUUACGUACAUUCCAAAGAUAAGAUUACAUUAGCUGAUCAAAUUAAAAAUGGUUUAGUAUCAUCUCAGAAGGAUGAUCCCAAAGGAAUUAAUGAAAAGAGAGCCAGUUUGUUUUGUGGAUUACGGAAAAACGUUAAGACUGAUAACGUUACAUUGAACAAGGAUCAAGAAAAUGCAAGAUCCAAUUUGUAUCUUCCAUUUCAUUUGACAUUGACUUUUCGAGAUUUUCGUCAUCAAGUUGUCGAACAACAACAACCAAGAGCCAUGUUUUUAGUCGUUACUGCUCAACCGGUGCACUCAGCAUACAAAGCUCCAGAAGAAACAAUAAUAUCUUCAAUAUUUACAACACGACAUACCGCAACCUGCCUAUUAUCCCAUGUUGAUCCUGACGUUGUACAAUAUUUAGGCUAUUUGCCUCAGGAUAUGAUUGGAUGUUCGUUGUUUGACUUCUACCAUCCUGAAGAUCUACCUUUCAUCAAAGACAUCUAUGAAACUGUUAUCAAGUUGGAAGGAUCAUCGUUCAGAUCAAAACCUUAUAGGUUUGCUGCUCAAAAUGGAAGUUACGUUGUUCUUGAAACUGAAUGGUCUUCGUUUAUCAAUCCCUGGACAAAAAAAUUAGAAUUUGUCGUUGGUCAGCAUAGAGUUUUAAGAGGACCCAUGGAUCCUGAUAUAUUUCGUGUACCACCUAAAAAUGAAUUCGCUUUUUUGACUAAUAUCAGCGAAGAGGUACUGAAAGAAUCCAAGAUCAUACAGAACGAGAUACGUACUCUUCUCGAUGAGAGCAUCCAAAGGACAUCAGAAAUUACUGAGCACGAUGUUUCAAAAAGGUGUAAGGACCUCGCGUCCUUCAUGGAGAGUUUGUUACAAGAAAUAAGGACACCAGCUCUUGGCAAGAAUACCCUAGCUACGGACGACAGAAGUUUUUCGGGAUCACGCAAUCCCUUGUUACAGGAGCACGAUAGCGUGAUGCUUGGUGAGAUAUCGCCUCAUCACGAAUACUACGACAGCAAAUCGUCUACGGAAACACCACCCAGUUACAAUCAGCUUAACUACAAUGAAAACAUCGAGAGAUUUUUUAAGAGUAAACCAUCGUUUGUAACCAUGUAUGGUAGCGACGAGGAAAUUUUAAAUUUGAGCAACGAUGAAGGUGGUAAAAUUAGUCCUAAUUCAGCAGCAAGAAAAUGUAUGUCACCGAUAAAUGGAAGUGGUGCUAGCGGAAGUGGCAGUGCUGAAAAUCUUAGCAGCAGUUCGAACAAUAUACCUAAUUCCUCAAGGAGAGAUAAUAUUUCAAAUACAACAAAUAGCAACACUACCACUACGACGGAUAAUUUUAAACAACCAAUUCUAACCGAAUCCCUGUUAAAUCGUCAUAAUGAGGAUAUGGAGAAAAUGAUGAUGCAAAAGCAUCGAGAAUUACGAUCAAUUAUUAAAAACAAUGAUAAGUUAAAAGAUAUGCGUAUAAAACCAUCAAUUGAGAAGAUAUCCGUGGAUCAGAAUAAUCAUUACGUUGGUCAAUGUCAUGGUGUCAAAAGAAGUGGUAGUCAUAGCUGGGAAGGUGAUAGUUUCAAGGUUUCGAAACAAGAUGAAGUUUCCAGGACGAGCACUGCCGGUCCAUUACCAAAAAAUGUUUCUACUACUAUCGCAAGUAUGAGCGUGGAUCAAACAUCUACGGUGUUUCAAACCAAUGGAAAUAUCAAUUUGUGGCCAUCCUUGGCAGUAAAUGUACCAUCAGCAACUCCUGUUCUACCAUGUAUUAACCAAAAUAUGAAUUGUCAAGCUAUUCCAAGGAUUCCAAUGAUUCCACAAAUGAUACCUGCGUAUUACUUGCCUGUUCCACAACCAAUCGAUGUUCCUAUACCAACAGCAAAAUAUUCUCAACCACCGACAAACGUUAUUCCUUCAUCAAUGCCAAUGCCGCAACAAAGCCCAUAUAUGUUUGUUCCAGUAUCGUAUGUUGCAACAGCAAUGCCCGGUGUUAUGUAUCCCCCAAUAAUUGGUACUUCAACUCCUGGAACAAUGAUGUAUCAACCUUUUUUAAUACCCGAGCAAACUUCUAUGCCACAAGAAAAUGCUAAAUCUAUGAAUAAUAAAUGUACGGAUAGAAAGAGACCAGCUAGUCAAGCAACAAGCAUCAAGGCUGAACCAGGUAGCAUUAUGACUAUGUCCGAGUCAUCGAAAAAGGUGUUAUCACCGGGUGAGCUUUUUUCUUCUUGUAUCAGUAACGAUGGUGGUUGUUCCAGUGUUGUAGACGUAUCAACGCCAAUAAAUAACAAACAACAUAAGAAUAUUGAUUACAACAGUAAUGAGUCUAGUUCUUCGAGUUUCUAUAGUAGUUUCUUGUAUAAAAGUAGUGAAAGUAACUGUAAUCCUGAUCAAAAGACAACCGAUCAAGUUGCAGAGAACUUGCAACAAGCAGCAAAGGUAAAACAUGCAAUACACAGAAGAGAUCCACCUUGGUUAGAAGGAGUCCAGUUAACACCAGAGUUGAUAUAUGAGUAUCAACUUCGUCCAAAGACCUUAAACGAAGUACUCGAAUCUGACAUGGAUAGUUUAAAGAAAAUUAGUCAACCACUUUUAGUGAACGAACAGUUAGGUCAACUUUAUUUUGAUUUGGAACUUGAAGGCUUUGGGACAAAACUGAUGCUCGAGGAUGGAAUAACUUCUAGCGAAAGUGAUAGUGGAAGCAGUAAUAGCAGUUGGAUUGGUCUUAAAUCUCAGCAUAAGGAAAAAAGAAGAAUGGUGAAAUAUGGUAGACUGAUAAUGAUUCAUGAGGAAAACGCACCCUUGCCGCCACCGUUACCUUCUCAGACAGUAUCCUGCCAGCAAACAUAGCAAUAUCAAUUUUGUGUGCAUUUCGUAUUCUAAAGAGAUUGAUUCUUUAACGAAAUUCACUGAAAUAAUUUUAAAUCGCAAUGAUACCUCCAGAAACAAAUGUUCUUAUAUGAUGGGUACCAUACAAUUUUUCAGCACAAAAAAAAAAAA